ACAGUGUAGGGAGAAGUUGACAAGGAGAAGAAGAAUCUCCAAGGAGGAGAAACUUUCAGGCCCUUGACUGUUAAACGCAACCACUUCCACACGCUUGGAGAUGCUCUGAGAAGACCCUCACUACUUUUAGCAGCGUUUUUGCAAGCUCCUUUGAAGAAGACAUGCAGCGCAGGCCGGUGUGCGCGGGCUGCCGCAGGCCGAUCGCGGACAAGUUCUUGCUCCGGGUGGCGGACGGCCUCCGGCACGAGGCGUGUGCGCGCUGCUGGGCGUGCGGGGACGCGCUGCGGGACUCGUGCUUCGUGCGGGAGCAGCGACUCUACUGCAAACGGGACUAUGCUGAGCUGUUUGCAGUGCGCUGCGGGGGCUGCGCCGCGGGCAUCACUCCCACAGAGCUGGUGCUGCGUGCCGGGCCCGCCGUCUUCCACUUGCGCUGCUUCACCUGCAGCGUGUGCUCCGCCCCACUGAGGACCGGAGACCGCUGCGUGGUCAGGGAGGGCCGGCCACUGUGCGCCAGGGAGGACUACCACCAGCGUGUGGCCAGCCCGACUUCACCAGAGACAGGUAAAAGUGUCAAUGCCGACGAAGAUAACGAGGAGGAGGAAGAGGAGGACUCAGGGACUGUCACAAGUAGACGGAUUAAAUCGGAUAAGCAGGAAAGUAAACGUCCCAAAAGACCUCGCACUAUUUUGACCACCCAGCAAAGACGGAUCUUCAAAGCCUCCUUUGAGGUUUCAUCCAAGCCGUGUCGAAAGGUACGGGAGACUCUGGCAGCAGACACCGGCCUUACUGUCCGGGUCGUGCAGGUCUGGUUCCAGAACCAAAGAGCCAAGAUGAAGAAACUGGCCAGGAGGCAACAGCAGCAGGAACAGGAGCAGCCGACUCAGGAGCAACAAGAACAGCAAGUGUGUCACAAAGUGCCCCCCAAUGGUGUGCCUACCUCUCAGCUGGAGCACCUGGGGUCUUCCUACUCGCACGUCCAGCAACAGCAGAUGGGAUUCACAACAGUGGAGCAGCAAGACUUUGACAUGGACCCCUUCAGACAAGGCCUGACGCCCCCUCAGAUGCCAGGGGAUCACAUGUACCCCUACGGUUUGAAGGCCCUUUACGGCGAUGUAGCAGACGCCGACUGCUUGUCACUGGGCGACACCUCCUCCCUCCUCACCCCCAUCGACCGCCUCUACUCCAUGCAGGACUCUUACUUCACCUCCUGAGAGAGGAUCCUCAUCACGGCCACUCUUUAUUUAUCCACGUGGACCGUGCACAAUGGGUGGCAGAGGAUAACCGGUUGCGCAAAUGGAUAUACUGUGACACUCACACAAUACUGCUGUUCAUCUUGUAGCAAAAUAUGCUCACACUUAUGUCUUUCAUGCUUUGAAACACAGACUAUUUUACUGUCUCUGGACUAUGCUUGAACGCCACUUUACGAGAUUACAACGGAUGCGAAUAACUGUUUGAAUGUGUAUUUAUUCUUGUAGGGUGUGCUUAUUUUGAAUGGCUGAA